UGCCUGCCCCUUUGGCAAAGAAAAUUCUUGUAGCAUGAGACGUUAGAAACCGCAAAUACACUCCCUUGGGUAGUUCGCCCUCCCUCCCACCCCCCUUAGGUUUAACAGUCACGCUAUGGCCGCCAUCGCCAGAUGACCAAUGCCUGCUUUCUGGAUGGUUCGGUUCUGAGAAUCAAGGCGCGUGGUGGGCUCGGGAAAACCGGACCCAAAGGAGGCGUUUCGGGGUGUCCUUGGCAAGGAGGCAAGGGAAGGUCCUGUCUCCAAAUACCAUGCCUGUAGCCACUUUGAUCGGUUCUUGUAUGCUCCCUCCCCCAAAGUAGAUCUCUUGUAAAGGGCCUGAGAUUAAUACGGGGUCUAGAGGUCCUCCUUCUUGGCAUAAAUGACCUCACAGCCACCCCAGCCUCAUUGAACUAUACUAAAGAAAGUGCCUGGGCCCAGACCCCGUACCCCAGCUGCCGGUGAUCUGUGAGGCCCGAUACUCCCGAUGCUGGCACUGUGUGGGUGAGGCAGUUCCCUCUCUUUGGCGAAUGGGGAAGCUCCUGGCUGGCUUCCCUGCGUGGUCUCGGGGUCCUCAGGCCAUGACCAAGGAGAGAAGAGUGCCUGGCCCUGCCUCGGGGAGGAGGGCCAGAGUGCAGAUUUAUGACCCUAGCCGCUCCCUGCGCACCAAAUGCAUCUCAAGCCAGACAGUGGAAUGUAAGACCCGACCCGGGCCGGAGGAGGAGGCCAGGGUCGGAGGCGGGGCUGAGAGGAGCAGAAAUCCGAAGUGGCCUGGUGCCACCGCCCCUGGGCUGCGAGUUGCCCGCUGGGGACCGAGGUGGUGUGCAAGGCUCUGGCACCACAUCCUUGAUUUUGUUGGCGGGUGUGGGCUACCCUUGGCUGGAUGAACUCCAGGAUACCCAGCUGCUGAUGGGCCAGCCGCAGCGAGAGACUGCGAGCGUGGCUGGGCCCGGCAUGGCCUCUCCGGGUUUUAGUGGCGCCCCGGCCAGGAGCUCCGGGGCAGCCGGAUUUAGGAUCUACGGAAACAACCGCCUUACACUCUAUGGUGGCAUCGCCGGAGGCACAAACUGGCUUUCUCUUAGCGUCCCGGUCACUUAGUCUCCAGUGGAGUUCCACUCCCUGGGAGAGCUGGUUCACGGCAACCGAUAGAGAAGGUCACCUGAAUGAAAACUAGCUUUUCUUUUUUUUUCUUUUUGUAUUCCCCACCCUCCUGCGCCCUGUUCCCCUGAUGGAGGGGCAUGGUGGAAACCUGUCCACACGGCUAACAACCUCCGGAUUGUAGAAGAUGAGGGUUCAAGCUUUCGUGGGGCAGAAGUGAGGGGAGCGCGGGGUUCCCUGGAGCCGGACAAAGGCGCACCGCAGGGAAGGCAGCCGCACUCAAGGUUGGCCUGUCCUCUGGUUUUACAACAAAGAGCUUUGAGUUUUGUCCGCGGGGACUCGUCCAGAGCUUCCAGACCUGGACCGGGUAUCUGGAAGAAUACACCAAAAGCCUCAGGAGUGUCCGGGGACAACCAUGCCGGACCAGGCAGGCCAACCCGGUGGGUUGCCCGGGAAUUGCGUCCUUGGACUUCGCGGAGGUCCCCCACGAUUUUCUCUCCAGUCAGUACAACACACACACACACACACACACACACACACACACACACACUGCGUCAACAGAAUUUUUCUGGCCACGGAUCCCACCGGGUAAACAAGCGUGGGGGAUGGGACGCGGAAGAUGGCGCUUGGACUCUUGGUCCCUGCGGUUGUCUCCAGCUCAGUUUCAGGACGAAUAUACAGGGCUUUUGUAGAUAAAGUGUGGCCCAGCCCGGCUUGGAGGUUAUUUCCCCAGACCUGGAGACUCUCUGAAGUGGUGGUGUAGUGUAGCCUCUGCUUCUCUAGAAAUGUCCCCACGCCCCAACAUGGCUCCCGACCACUGUUAAAUGUGGGGGACACAGGGACAAGGAGACCUGGCCUGUGCACCGCACGUUGUACUUGGCAGCCUUGAGAGUUGCAGGGGUUUGCUCAGUGUUCCCCUCCCGGGGGCCAGGGAUCGGGGCCACCGUUCCCCAGGUUCAGCGCACCCGGUGGCCUGAGGGCCGAGUGGCAGGUCGAGAGGGGACUGGGGAGCCGAGCCGUACAUUCCAGAGGGGAGCGGGUCGAGUUCCGCCCCAACCUCAGCCCUAAUGAAACUCUGGGUCGGUCGGUAUGCCACGCCGACGGGGCGCACACUUGAAAAAUGCAAACGCCAUCGGCAAAUCCGGGGCAAAUUGGAAUAAUUUUUUAUUAGCAGCUAAAUGAUUUAUGGCACACAUACCCCGCCGUCACAAUUACGGCGUCUUGGAGCAUCCAGGGGUGAAAACAUUAAACAUUUAUAAAAACAGGCCUUUGUUUUUUUCCAACCCCGCAAGCCUUUUGCACAAUCCCCCCACCCCACUCCGACUCUCUCAAGAUACAUAUUUUUUCUUGAGCUGUAUUAAAAUAAGAAAAACAUUCUGGAUCCCGGGAGGGAUGAGGGGGUUGGGGGGAGACCAGGGCCUGCGCUCUGAAUAUUGGAGGGCGUUGGGGGGUGGGGGAAAGCGAGCGACUGAGGCGUGGGAGGGUUUAACUAGGAACCCACAAAGGCCUCUGGAUAAGACUCAAGGGCACUAGGCGCCCCCCACCCCCUCAGCCCGUUUCUCUCUUGUUUCCAGAAGCCCUCGCAGCUUAACAGCAUUUAUUUUAUUUCUUGCAAUCAACUCCCCCCCUCCCCUAAGGCACACAGACACAAUACCUCCUUUCUCUAACCCCCCUCUCUCCGUCUUUGCUCCUGCCGGUCCCCGGGCAGCACCGGUCGCCUCCGGUCGCCCCUGGCUGCCACUGAGACCCCGUCGCCCAGCUCCGAGCGCGCGGACACCGCCGCUCAGUUCCCCUCAGCUCCGGCUAUUUUCGUUCUUUUCUCUCCCUCUCCCUCUCUCUUCUCCCUCCUCUCUCCUCCCCCCACCGAGCUCCAGCUUCUAAAAGAGGGCAGCCUAGAAACCAGCCCAGAAAGCUCCAGGAAGGGCAACUUGAAACUGCUCUCAAGAGGCUGAAUUUUUUCCCCCCUUCAAAUUUAUCCUGGAAUUAAAUUAGACACCCCCAGCUCUCUCUCGAAUCUUCCCUCUUUUUUUUUCCUUCUAAAAGUGGAGGAAAGAAAAAUAGAACGGAUGAGCACUAACUAGCUCAUUAAAAAAAAACUCUCAAAAAUUGCCUUAAAAAUGGAUUUUCUUAAAAAAAAAAUAGCAGCAGCAGGAAAACGCUGAGUCCGCAGAGCAGGGCGAAAGAGCGGGCUUCUUUUGUUUUAAUUAAAACCCUAUAGUUGCUCUCGAGGUAGGAUCUGCAAGGCUCUCUGUCUUUCCAAGCUUCCUUUCCAGGGUAGGUAAUGCCUAGCUGGGCUCGGGCUCCGAGAGGGUGCAGGGGAUCUCCCCACCCUUUAGAACGGGUCCCUUCGGCAAGGAUCACACUCCCUGGGUCCCCAGUCAGGUAGACUGCCGUCGGCGGCUCCCUGCCACUUAACUUCGAAAGUUUUUUUUUUUUUUUUUUUUUUUUUUUUGCUGAAAGAGCAAAAUAAAAGUACAAAGUCUGGGGGAUUAGUGCUCCCCUCCCCCUCUGGCCGCCGUGGCCAGCCAAGCACUUUUGGGCUUGGCUUGCUUCCUCUGAGCUCAACAGAUUUUUUUUUUUCCCUUUCCCGGUCUCGCCCUCCCUGGAGGGGGCGCGGCGGAUGGAAGGCGAGAGAGGCCCCCAGCCAAGAGGUUUUUAAUAUUACACCUUAAUAGGUUUCAGAAGGCCCCGUGGAGAAAUGCUAAUAGGGCUGAAAUGUCAGAACCGAGAGGGAUUCAGCUCGCGUUCCGCCGAUCUAAUCCUUUUUUCUGCUCUGGUUUUUCUUGGCGGGGAAAGGGGGAAGGAGGGGCGCCCACGCCAAAAGGGGCUUUGGGGAGGGGCGCGCGGUGCGCACUCGGCCGCAGAGCCCCACAGCCCGGGUUUCUAUAGGAACCUUUUAUAAGAUGCAACUCACCGCUGCCGACCGCCGCGGCCUGUCCAAAAUAUUAAUCAGUAAAGCCUUCUGACACCGCGUUUCAGGGAGGGGACCCGCAGGCAGGGGCAAAAGGAAAAAAAAAAGGCCUUGUCGCCUGCCUGCCCACCCCACCCGACCGCGACUGCUAGGGGGAAAGGGAAUGAAUCGCUGCUUUAUUUUAAAAGGCGAGAGUGAGCGAGCAAGCGAGAGAGAAGCAGGCCUUGUUAUUUUUCGUCUGAACCUCGCUCUUUGGAGUGGCACCCUAGAGAGGGAGCGCCGGGCGCGGGCGCAAUGAGCAGCUCGCCGGUUCCCGGCUCUUCCCGGCUAGCUUGUCACCUCCUCCCGAAGAAGGAAGCUGACAGGAGGCCUUGCAAUGCCCGGGAUUGCGGCGACAACCAUCUUCCUCUAUUUUGAUCACUCAGCCCAGACGCAGGAGGAGGGGCUGGGAUGUGGGGGGAGGGAGAAGGAGAAAGAAGGGGGGGGUCUGCUGGAGCUGGUGUGGGGGAGGGCUGCCUAGAAACGGCUCGGAAAAAUUCUCACCACCAGUUUUGAUCAUUCAGCCCCGCCGUGGGGAGCCUGGAAACUGCUGGAGCCCCGAGAUACCGUGUACGCCUCCUUCCUCAUCUCCGCUCAGCCGCCCGGAGGGGACUCACCGCGGGCGGUUCAUGCGCCCCGGGCCGCGGGCCCGUGGUUGAGCGCAAGCCCCGCUGGCCGCCGCCAUGCACGCCGCGGAGCGCCCGCCACCCGAGGACACUAGGACUACAUCGAGGCCGAACUUUUAAGUCCCACUGAAGCAGGCCGGCGGGCCGGGUGGGGAGGCUGAUCGCGGCACUCCCGCGGAGGAUGGAUGGCCGAGAUUUCGGGCCCCAGCGGUCCGUCCACGGCCCCCCGCCGCCGCUGCUGUCCGGCUUGGCCAUGGACAGCCACCGCGUGGGCGCGGCCACCGCCGGACGCUUGCCCUCCUCGGGCUUGCCAGGUCCCCCGCCGCCCGGGAAAUACAUGGCCGGUCUCAACCUUCACCCGCACCCGGGCGAGGCCUUCUUAGGCAGCUUUGUGUCCAGCGGGAUGGGGCCCUCGGCCUCGUCUCAGGGGAGCCCGGUAUCCUUGCCCUCUGACCUCUCCUUCCACUCCCCCACUCCCAGCAACCUGCCCAUGGUACAGCUGUGGGCUGCCCACGCCCAUGAAGGCUUCUCCCACCUGCCCAGUGGGCUAUAUCCAUCCUACCUCCACCUGAACCACCUGGACCCCCCCAGCAGUGGGAGCCCCCUCCUCAGCCAGCUGGGUCAGCCCAGCAUCUUCGAUACCCAGAAAGAUGGCUUCUACCUGCCCGCACCGGGGACCCUGCAUGCUCACACGCCCUCGUCCAGAACUCCCAGUGGCCACUCCUCAGGUGGUCCAGCCAAAGGCUCCUCCCGGGAAGGUACAGGGAAGGAUCGUGCAGGCCGUGGUGGAGACCCUCCUCCGUUGUUUGGCAAGAAAGACCCUCGGGCACGUGAGGAGGUGUCCGGGCCCCGAGGUGUGGUGGACUUGACCCAGGAGGCCCGAGCGGAGGGCCGCCAGGACCGAGGAUCCUCACGCCUGGCUGAGCGCCUGUCUCCCUUUCUGGCAGAGGUCAAAGCCAAGGGUGCACUGCAGCCGUCGGCCCUGAGCCUGUGCAAUGGUGUGGUGGACGCGGGGCUGGUGGCCGAGUUGGGCCGUGGAGGUGCCAAGGAGGUAGCCAGGCAGGAGGAGAAUGCUCGGCUGCUGAGGCGGGCUGAGGCCCUGCUGCCCGCUGCAAGGCCCUGUGGGUCCCCACUACCGCCGCCACCUCCACUGCCCCCCAAGGGUCCCCCUGCACCCCCUUCCUCUACACCAGCCGGUGUGUACACCGUGUUCCGUGAACCAGGCCGUGAGCACCGCGUGGUGGCACCCACCUUUGUGCCUUCUGUGGAGGCCUUUGAUGAGCGGGUGGGACCCAUCCAGAUAGCAUCCCAGGCUCGCGAUGUCCGGGCCAGGGAGCGUGAGCCGGGCCGUCCUGGGGUCCUGCAAGGUCCACCCGGAUCUCCACGCCUGGAGCGGCCAGAGGUUCUGCGGGAGAAAAGCUCGGUCAUCCGCUCCCUCAAGCGUCCGCCUCCAUCCGAUGGACCCCCAGCAGCCCGCUCCUCCCGCUCCUCCCCGGAUGCGCGAGCCUACCUGCCCCCCAAGGAACUACUCAAGCCCGAGGCUGAUCCGAGGCCUUGCGAGCGCGCACCCCGAGGCCCGAGCGCUUCUGCUGCCCAGCAGGCUGCUAAGCUCUUUGGCCUGGAACCAUCCCGACCCCCCGGGCCGGAGCAUAAGUGGAAACCCUUUGAACUGGGCAACUUCGCCACCACGCAGAUGGCUGUCCUGGCAGCCCAGCACCACCAUGCCAGCAGAGCCGAAGAGGAAGCAGCUGUCGCCACAGCAUCCAAAAAGGCCUACCUGGACCCCGGGGGCGCAAUGCCCCGUGCCUCGGCCACCUGCGGCAGGCCAGGUGCUGACCUCCACUCGGCAGCCCACGGACCCGGAGAGGCCUCUGCUAUGCAGAGCCUCAUCAAAUACAGCGGUAGCUUUGCUCGGGAGGCGGUGGCAGUGCGCCCUGGUGGCUGUGGGAAGAAGAGCCCCUUUGGAGGCCUGGGCACCAUGAAACCUGAACCUACGCCCACGUCGGCGGGUCCCCCUAGAGCCCAGGCCCGGCUCACACACCCCGGGGUCCCUACAGCCGGAGGGGGCCGGCAGCUGAAACGGGACCCAGAGAGACCUGAGAGCGCCAAGGCCUUUGGGAGAGAGGGCUCUGGUGCCCAGGGGGAAGCCGAAGUAAGACACCCGCCUGUUGGCAUUGCUGUGGCUGUGGCCCGGCAGAAGGACAGUGGAAGCAGUAGCCGGCUGGGGCCUGGGCUGGGAGACCAGGAACGCACUUUGUCACUGAACAAUGUCAAAGGGCAUGGCCGGACUGAUGAUGAGUGUGAUCGAGCCAGGCAUCGGGAGGAUCGGCUGCUAGGGACACGGCUGGACCGGGACCAGGAGAAGUUGCUCCGAGAAAGUAAGGAGCUGGCUGACCUGGCCCGUCUACACCCCACCAGCUGCGCUCCCAAUGGCCUGAACCCCAACCUUAUGGUGACUGGUGGCCCAACGCUGGCAGGCUCGGGACGCUGGUCUGCUGAUCCUGCUGCUCAUUUGGCCACGAACCCCUGGCUGCCACGCUCGGGUAGUACAUCCAUGUGGCUUGCCGGACACCCUUAUGGCCUGGGACCCCCCUCUUUGCACCAGGGCAUGGCCCCUGCAUUUCCACCUGGCUUAGGGGGCUCCUUGCCGUCAGCUUACCAGUUCGUCAGGGACCCCCAGUCUGGCCAGCUGGUGGUUAUCCCUAGUGAUCACCUGCCUCAUUUUGCCGAGCUGAUGGAGCGCGCGGCGGUGCCGCCCCUCUGGCCGGCCCUGUACCCACCAGGCCGCAGCCCACUGCACCACGCUCAGCAGCUGCAGCUCUUCUCUCAGCAGCACUUUUUGAGGCAGCAAGAACUGCUCUACCUGCAACAGCAGGCGGCCCAGGCCCUGGAGCUGCAGCGGAGCGCACAGCUGGUGCAGGAGCGGUUGAAAGCACAAGAGCAUCGAACGGAGAUGGAGGAGAAGAUUAGCAAGAGGAGCCUGGAGACCACGGGCAAGGCCGGCCUGAGUGCCGCAGGCCCUGGGCUCCUGCCUCGAAAGUCUGCCGGCCUGGCCAACGGCCCGGCAGGCAGCCACGGCAAGGCCGUGAGCCCACCCCCGUCUCCCCGAGCCUCCCCCGUGACCUCUCUGAAGGCCAAGGUCAUCCAGAAGGUGGAAGAUGUGUCUAAGCCUCCAGCCUAUACCUACCCCGCCACACCUAGCUCGCACCCCAGCAGCCCACCACCUGCCUCCCCACCUCCUACCCCUGGGCUCACCCGAAAGGAAGAGGCUCCCGAGAACGUGGUGGAGAAGAAAGACCUGGAGUUGGAGAAGGAGACGCCCAGUCCGUUCCAGGCCCUGUUCACAGAUAUUCCUCCCAGGUAUCCAUUCCAAGCCCUGCCGCCGCACUACGGGCGACCCUACCCCUUCCUGCUGCAACCCGCUGCGGCCUCUGAUGCCGAUGGCCUCGCCCCAGAUGUGCCACUCCCAGCUGAUGGGCCCGAGCGCCUGGCACUGUCUCCUGAAGAUAAGCCCAUCUGCCUGUCACCCUCCAAGAUCCCAGAGCCACCUCGGGACAGCCCAGAGGAGGAGCAGCUGGCUGACCGGGAGGUGAAGGCUGAAGUUGAGGAUAUCGAAGAGGGCCCCACAGAACUGCCUCCCCUUGAGUCACCAUUGGCCCUGCCCGUCCCAGAGACCAUGGUGGCCGUGAGCCCCGCAGGUGGCUGUGGAGGUAGUCCUCUCGAGGCCCAGGCGUUGAGCACAGCAGGUCCGGGCUGCCGGGAGCCCUCUGAAGUUUCAGACUUUGCACAGGUUGCCGAGCCGCAGAUAGAACUACCGAGUAAGACAGAGCACCGCAUGACUGCCCUGGAGUUGGGGACACAGCUGACACCCGAGCCACUGGUAGAGACUAAGGAAGAGCCGGUGGAGGUGCCCCUGGAUGUGCCGAUGGAGGAGCCCACCACAGAGGCAGGGCCUGAGGACAGUCUGCCCCAGCCAUCUUUGACUGAGCCUCAGCCCAGCCUUGAGCUCUCAGACUGUGAUUUGCCUGUCCCAGAGGGCCAGUGUCUCAACCUGGAGGCCCAGGAGGCUGUGCCUGCUCCUGCCAGUACCUGUUAUCUGGAAGAGACCCACUCCGAAUCCCUCCUGCCUGGCCUGGAUGACCCACUGGCCGGCAUGAAUGCACUGGCAGCUGCAGCCGAGCUGCCCCAAGCCAGGCCUCUGCCCUCCUUGGGUCCUGGAGUCCCAGCCGGGGAGAAGCUGGAUACAGCCCCCAGCCUCGUCCUGGAACACAGCUUUCUGCAGGGCAUCACCCUCUUGAGUGAGAUAGCUGAGCUGGAGCUGGACCGGAGGGGCCAGGAGGCUGCAGAUCCAGAGCCAAACCUGGUGGUGCGACCCUCCCUCGAAAGCCUGCUGGCAGCCAGCAGCCACAUGUUGAAGGAGGUGCUGGAGAGCCCCUUCUCAGACCCGCUCAAGAACUUGCGGCUUCCGCGUGAACUGAACUCCAAUAAGAAAUAUAGCUGGAUGCAGAAGAAGGAAGAGCGGAUGUUUGCUAUGAAAUCUUCCUUGGAGGACAUGGAUGCGCUAGAGCUGGACUUCCGGAUGCGGCUGGCAGAGGUCCAGCGAAGGUACAAAGAGAAACAGCGGGAGUUGGUCAAGCUCCAGAGACGCCGGGACUCGGGGGACAGGCACGAGGAUGCCCAUAGAAGCCUGGCACGCAGAGGCCCUGGCAGGCCGAGGAAACGGACCCACACCCUGAGCGCCCUGUCGCCCCCCUGCAAGAGAGGGAAGAGCCACAGCAGUAGCGGAAAGCUGAGCAGCAAGUCCUUGCUGACAUCAGACGACUAUGAUCUGGGAGCGGGGAUAAGGAAGAGACACAAGGGGCCCGAGGAGGAGCAAGAGGCCCUCAUGGGCAUGGGGAAAGCCCGCAGCAGGAACCAGAGCUGGGACGAUCACGACUCCUCAUCUGAUUUUAUGAGUCAGCUAAAGAUUAAGAAAAAAAAGAUGGCAAGCGACCAGGAGCAGUUGGCAAGCAAGCUAGACAGAGCCCUCUCCCUCACAAAACAAGACAAGCUGAAGUCACCCUUCAAGUUUUCCGACGGCCCCGGGGGAAAACCGAAAACCGGUGGGGGCUGUGGCAGGUUCUUGACACAGUAUGACAGCCUGCUGGGCAAGGACAGGAAAGCACUGGCCAAAGGACUCGGCUUGUCUCUGAAACCCUCCAGAGAAGGUAAACACAAAAGAGCUUCCAAAGCCAGGAAGAUGGAGGGGGGCUUCCAGGCCAGAGGCCAGCCCAAGUCUGUCCAUUCUCCAUUUGCCUCGGAAGUCAGCAGUCAGUCUUACAAUACGGACUCUGACGAAGACGAAGACUUCCUGAAGAAUGAGUGGUCUGCCCAGGGCCCCUCCAGCUCCAAACUGACCUCGUCCCUCCUGUGUGGCAUGGUGCCCAAGAACAGCAAGCCAGCCACAGGCCCUAAGCUGACCAAGAGGGGCCUGGCAGGCCCCCGGACUUUGAAACCCAAGGUGGUCACCAGCAGGAAGCAGUCCUUCUGUUUGCUGCUCCGAGAGGCUGAGGCCCGCUCCUCCUUCAGCGACUCUUCCGAGGAGGACUCCUUUGACCAAGAUGACAGCUCAGAAGAGGAGGAGGAAGAGCUAGAGGAAGAGGAGGAAGACGAGGAAGAGGAAGGCAUUGGUAGCUAUAGGCUGGGUGCUGGGGAACAGGCCCUGUCGCCAAGCCUGGAGGAGAGUGGACUGGGGCUGCUGGCCCGCUUUGCGGCCAGCGCUCUCCCCAGCCCUGUCGUGGGGCCGCCCUUGUCUGUGGUACAGCUGGAAGCUGAGCAGAAGGCCCGGAAGAAGGAAGAGCGACAGAGCUUGCUGGGCACAGAGUUCGAGUACACAGACUCAGAGAGUGAAGUGAAGGUUCCCAAGCAGUCAGCUGCUGGGCUGCUGCGGACCAAGAAAGGGGUGGGGGAGCCCGGACAGUCUCUGGCUGCACCCGGACCUGGCAGCCGGGCCUCUGGUCCCUCCAGCCCAGACAAGGCCAAGCUGGUCUCAGAGAAGGGACGCAAAGCCCGGAAGAUUCGAGGCCCCAAGGAACCUGGCUUUGAGGCGGGGCCAGAGGCCAGUGAUGAUGACCUGUGGACGCGACGCAGAAGCGAGCGCAUCUUCUUACACGAUGCCUCCGCUGCAGUCCAGGCAACCAGCAACACGGCGCCAGCAACCAAGCCUAGCCGCUGUGGCAGGGGUGGUGCCCCAAGCCCACGGAAGGACACCGGGCGAGCCAAGGACAGGAAGGACCCCAGGAAGAAGAAGAGAGGGAAGGAGGCUGGGUCAGCAGCCACACUGCCACCACCCCGUGUUUCUACCCUGCCUGACUCCAGGGCACCCCACCCAGGGGCCCUGGCGACUGCCAAACGCAGCAAGGCCAAGGCCAGAGGGAAGGAAGCAAAGAAGGAGAACCGAGGAAAAGGGGGUGCCGUGAGUAAGCUGAUGGAGUGCAUGGCUGCAGAGGAAGACUUCGAAGCCAACCAGGACUCAAGCUUCUCUGAGGAUGAGCAUCUGCCGCGGGGCGGGGCCACAGAGAGACCUCUGACCCCAGCCCCCCGCUCCUGCAUCAUUGACAAGGAAGAGCUGAAGGAUGGCCUGCGUGUGCUCAUCCCUCUGGAUGACAAGCUGCUGUAUGCCGGGCACGUGCAGACCGUGCAUUCACCUGACAUAUACCGUGUGGUGGUUGAAGGUGAGCGUGGGAACCGACCCCACAUCUACUGCCUGGAGCAGCUACUGCAGGAGGCGAUUAUAGAUGUGAGGCCGGCCUCUACACGCUUCUUGCCCCAGGGGACCAGGAUCGCUGCCUACUGGAGCCAACAAUACCGCUGCCUGUAUCCAGGCACUGUGGUCCGAGGGCUGCUGGACCUGGAAGACGACGGAGACCUGAUCACCGUGGAGUUUGAUGACGGAGAUACAGGCAGGAUUCCCCUCUCACACAUCCGCCUCUUGCCACCUGACUAUAAAAUCCAAUGUGCUGAGCCCUCCCCAGCACUCCUAGUGCCCAGCGCAAAACGCCGUAGCAGGAAGACCAGUAAAGACACGGGGGAAGUCAAAGAAGGGGCUGCCACAGGGCCUCAGGAGGCUACAGGGGGCAAGGCUCGAGGGCGAGGACGGAAACCUAGCACCAAAGCCAAGGCUGACAGAGCUGUUGUCCUGGAGGAAGGGGCUGCCACCAAUGAGGUCCCCAGUGCUCCCUUGGCUCUGGAACCCAUCAGCACUCCAAAUUCUAAGAAGAGUACCCCAGAACCAGUGGACAAGCGGGCCCGAGCCCCCAAAGCACGCUCAAUCUCUGCACAGCCCAGCCCCGUACCACCCACCUUCUCUAGCUGCCCAGCUCCUGAGCCCUUUGGGGAGCUUCCAACCCCCGCUACAGCCCCGCUCGUCACCAUGCCUGUCACCAUGCCUGCCACUCGCCCUAAACCCAAGAAGGCUCGGGCCGCUGAGGGGUCCGGUGCCAAAGGUCCCCGGAGGCCAGGGGAAGAUGACGAACUGCUUGUCAAACUGGACCAUGAGGGGGUCAUGUCUCCCAAAAGCAAGAAGGCCAAAGAGGCCCUCCUCCUGCGGGAAGAUCCAGGGCCGGGGGGUUGGCCAGAGUCCACAGGGCUGCUCAGCCUGGGCAGCUACUCACCAGCUGUUGGCAGCAGUGAGCCCAAGGCCACCUGGCCCAAGGGUCUGGAUGGAGACCUCACUCAGGAGCCCGGGCCAGGUCUUCCUUUAGAAGAUCCUGGCAACUCCAAAAACCCAGACAAGGCCCAGGCUGAACAAGAUGGGGCAGAGGAGUCAGAGACCACUUCCAGCAGCAGCAGCAGUAGCAGCAGUAGCAGUAGCAGCAGCAGCAGCAGCAGCAGCAGUAGCAGCAGCAGCAGUGGUUCGGAGACAGAAGGCGAGGAGGAUGCUGAGAAGAACAGGGAGGAUGGCCGGGGUGCAGGGGGCCGGACCUGCAGUGCUGCGAGCUCCAGGGCCUCUUCUCCUGCCUCCUCCUCUUCUUCCUCCUCCUCCUCUUCUUCCUCCUCUUCUUCCUCUUCCUCCUCCUCUUCUUCCUCCUCCUCUUCCUCCUCCUCUUCCUCCUCUUCUUCCUCUUCCUCCUCUUCCUCCUCUUCCUCUUCUACCACAGACGAGGACUCUUCUUGCAGCUCAGAUGAGGAAGCAGCCCCUGCACCCGCCGCUGGUCCCUCUACCCAGCCAGCGCUCCCCACGAAGGUAUCCAAGCCACCUAGCAAGGCACGUUCCUCAGCCCACUCCCCAGGCAAGAAGGCACCCACCACCACCCAGCCACCGCCCCAGCCCCCACCCCAGCCCCAGCAGACUCUUCAGCCCAAGACCCAGGCUGGGGCUGGGGCCAAGAGCCGACCCAAGAAGAGAGAAGGCGUACACCUGCCUACCACCAAGGAGCUGGCCAAGCGGCAGCGGCUGCCGUCUGUGGAGAACAGGCCUAAGAUCGCGGCCUUCUUACCUGCCCGGCAGCUUUGGAAGUGGUUUGGCAAGCCCACCCAGCGGCGAGGCAUGAAAGGCAAGGCUCGCAAGCUCUUCUACAAGGCCAUCGUCCGAGGCAAGGAGAUGAUCCGAAUCGGUGACUGCGCAGUCUUCCUGUCAGCCGGCCGCCCCAACCUGCCCUAUAUUGGCCGGAUCCAGAGCAUGUGGGAGUCCUGGGGCAACAAUAUGGUGGUUCGUGUCAAGUGGUUCUACCAUCCGGAGGAGACCAGCCCGGGCAAGCAGUUCCAUGAGGGCCAGCACUGGGACCAGAAGUCAGGGCAUAGCCUCCCUGCAGCCCUGCGGGCCUCCAGCCAGAGGAAGGACUUCAUGGAGCGCGCCCUGUACCAGUCCUCCCACGUGGAUGAGAACGAUGUGCAGACAGUGUCCCACAAGUGCCUGGUGGUGGGCCUGGAGCAGUACGAACAGAUGCUGAAGACCAAGAAAUACCAGGACAGCGAGGGCCUCUACUACCUCGCGGGCACCUAUGAGCCCACCACAGGCAUGAUCUUCUCCACGGACGGCGUGCCUGUGCUCUGUUGAGCGCCGCCCACCCAGCGGGGCCCACAGAGACCCCCCCUCCCCACCACUGCCAUGGCGCGGGACCACGUGUGUUGUGUGCAUGCCAGUGUGCUUGUGGGCGUGUGCAUGUGGCCAGGUGGACGCCCCAGGCAAGUGUGAGUGUGUACAUGUGUGUGCCCGUAUGCAUGCACGUGUGUGCACACAUGUGCACACAUUUCCAGACCCUUUCUGGUCAUCCCCUGGUGCCCUCAUGCUGAGAUUCCCCCCCCCCCCCACCUCAGCUAUCAGGGUCCGGCUCUGCUGUCCCCUCAGGGUCACCUCAGCGAGGAGGACUUCCCUCCGGCACUUUGUCUGCGCUCAAUGAGGCUGCCCUCUGUGCUCUGGGCCUGUGUAGACUCUUUGAUUCUGUGGAUGGGGUAAGGGAGAGUUCCAAGGACCCAAACUGGUGUUUGGUGUAGAGUUCAGCCACACCCAGCACGGAGCCCAUCCAAGACCUCCUACCAUGGGGCGGGGGGGGGUGGGGGGGGUGCCCAACGCCAGCCAGCUUCACCAAUCACCCGGGGCAUCCGGGUGUCCGUAUGCCCGGCCUCCACCCUCUCAGGACAGCCUGGAAUUGGGGAACAGGGAGGGCAGCCCAGGAGCGUCACCAUACCCCGUGGGCCCCCCCAGCCCAGACCCUUACACUACAGAAAUCCCCAAUGGUGCUGAAAUCCGCGCCCACGCCCGGCACGGCCCGCCCGGCACGGCCCGCCCGGCACGGCCCGCCCGGCCCCUCCACCAGGAGGAUCCGAAAGGUUACCUGUACAGUUUCCUGUAGCCUGCCCCUGUAUCAUACACCUUUAAAUGGAGUCAACUUUUUAAUUAUAUAUAUAAAGAUAAAUAUAUAUAAAUAUAUAUAUAAACUUUUUAAAACUGUGAAAAAUAGCUAUGAAAUUAUAAAAAAAAACACAUUCUGACGUGCAGAAUAUUAUUUUUUAUUUCCUGUUAGAUCGUGAAUGUCUAGCACCGGCUUUAUGCCUCUCCCCCACUCCCCUGUACCCGCACCCCUGCCCAUGUGUACUGUAUGUGCCCCCAAAUGGAUGAGAGAUGGAAAUAGAAAGAGGGGGCCCGAGCCCAGCCCCCAGCUCAGCCCGAAGCACUUAACCAGUCCCCCUGUGCCUGCCAGACCCCAGUGGGGUCCCCGGAGGCUUUGAGCAGACAAUCUUGAAGGAAGGAAAAGCCAGAUUUCGGUUUUGUUUUUUCUUUUCUUUUUGGGGUGGGGGUAAUUACUGUUUCCUGAUUUUUUUUUUUAAGUUUCUUUUGGAAUUUUGUUUGUUGGCAAAUUCUGUGUGAUCUUUUUUCAUAAAAAAAAAAAAAGGAAAGAAAAAGAGAAAAGAAAAAAUUUAAUUGGAAAAAUAC